UUGGCGAUGCUAUCGGUCCAUGAUGUAGCUAACGCAGCGGCACAGCAGCACCUGGGCACAGAAUAAAGAGAUGUGGCAGCUCCGGGGGAGUAGUGCUUUUUUGCAAAGGGAAUACUCUGGCGCAGUCACCGUUUUUGCGGAAAUGAAAAUACAUGGAGUCAUUUGAGAGCCAUGCGUUUUCCCCCACACUUGGCAGGCAGGUAUUUUCCUACAGCCGGGCAGGCGUCGCUCUGGAGAAGCGUCCUUUCACUUGGCACCGCCGCUGCCUGCUGAUCUAGCAUGAAUGCUCCGUCUAUCUGUCUGUGCAUUUAUGUGUAGAAGGAAACCUUGAGGAUUUUUUAUUCUAUUCCAUGAAUUGGCCUUUAGCCGCCUUAUGGAGGGUGCACACACGUCCCUCCCCCAUAAGUCAAAACCUCCAGACCUAAACUCUGAAGGGACUGUUGGGUGUUAGCUGAUAUUUCCUUAAUAAAAGAUAAGAGAGAGGGGGCAGUUGACAUUUCCUCUUCAACUCACCAUUAACCUGGCGUCUUUGAAGUGUGCUGUGCCCCAUUUUUCUUUCUCGUUUUGUCUUGUAGGCAUGUAAAAAAAAAAAAAAAAAAAAAAACUUUAGCCAUAUACUUAUCAGCAGGAUAAAGGAUGUGGACGAGCUCUUCUGACAGAGGACCAACCCAGGACUGUCACACCACACCAGCUGUGUGUUGCUGUGGACGGAGCAGAGAGCUUUAACACCCUCCCCACCAACCCCAACCCCAACCUCGGCUGGCCACCACCAGACCUGACGGAUUCCCAUCCACCGUGGGAAUCCGAAGCAGCUUUUCUACUCGUACUCCAACCCACUGUGAGGACCUAACAGCUUUGUGUCUGCCCCUGCUGUAUUGUGUUUUGCGAGCUUGUCCGUCUGUGAGCGUGUUUUUUUUUUUUUUUUUUUUGGACCAGCACUCUGCCAGUCAUGACAAGGCACUUCUGCGGUCUGCCAACUCUCGGCCGAGCAGUGUCUUUUCUGGAGUGGACCUAGGCAGAACUAAUAAACGUGCUCAUGUGCAGAGUGUGUUAAAAAAACAAAAAAACACUCCUCGUUCAUUGGAGUCCUCACACCAAGGACCCUCAGUUUACUCUAGAAUAAAAAAAAAGAAAAAAAAAGACGCUGAUGAGAGAUUGUUGCAGGAUACCAAGCACUGUCGUCUUGGGCAGAUACUCUUGCAACCACGUCCCUUCGUCCCGUUUGAACCUGUUACCUGGUGUUAGCCGUUCCCCCGUUUUACCAAAACCCUUCCUACCCUUUUUGACCAUGCACUGAAGACUGAACUGGAAGCCUUAGCGAGAGUAACGUUUACACGGAGCCAUGCCUGUCAGGAAAAAAGACACAGCUCGAGCCCUGGGGCUUUUGGAGGAGUACUGCACUAAACUGAGGAUGCCAGAGGAGCAGCAACUCAAAACUGCCAUUCAGAGAGUGAUGGGGAUUUUCAGGAGCAACCUGUUUGAAGCCCUUCUUGAUAUCCGGGAGUUCUAUGAAGUGACGCUGUUAAACUCACAGAAGAGCUGUGAACAAAAGCUGGAGGAGAUCAACCACAUGGCAGACAAGUGGGAGAAGAGUGUUUCUGUACAAAACUCUGCCUGUGUGAGGGAGGAGCAGAGGGAGCAAAACAGCUCACCACCCAGUGGGACGGACCGAGGAGAGAGCAGUGCCAGGACUUCUGAGAACAGGCCACCAGCAAUACAGGGAUCAUCCCACAACGGCCAGUCCCCACCCUGCAUGACCCCUGCCUUGAUGAACGCUCCCUGGCAGUAUCACUACCAAGAAGACGACUCCCCGCCCCUUGACCAAGGAUUCCCGCGGCUGACCAACGAGGUGCGCGCCCCGGAGCUCGUGCACGUGUCCGAGAAGAACCUGUCCGAGAUCGAGAAUGUGCACGGCUUCGUGUCGCACUCCCACAUCUCUCCUCUCAAGCCUGCACUGGUUACCCGUUUUGAUCUUGCAUACCCGGGUGUGACCACAGCAAACUACAUGGCCAGCCCCGCUCCGAUAAUCGUCAACACAGACACGUUGGACUCAGUUCCCUAUGUCAAUGGCACUGAAAUUGAAUAUGAGUUUGAGGAAAUCACUCUGGAAAGGGGUAACUCAGGGUUGGGCUUUAGCAUCGCCGGAGGGACGGAUAAUCCGCACAUUGGCGACGACCCCGGCAUCUUCAUCACCAAGAUCAUCCCUGGAGGAGCUGCAGCAGAGGAUGGGCGCCUCAGGGUGAAUGACUGCAUCCUGCGGGUGAAUGAUGCGGACGUGUCUGAGGUGUCCCACAGUAAGGCGGUGGAGGCCCUGAAGGUUGCAGGUUCUAUCGUCCGUCUGUACGUGCGGCGCCGCAGGCCGAUGCUGGAGACCAUAUUAGAGAUCAAACUCAUCAAAGGACCAAAAGGACUUGGCUUCAGUAUUGCGGGAGGAGUUGGAAACCAGCACAUCCCUGGAGACAACAGCAUAUACGUCACCAAAAUUAUCGAUGGCGGGGCGGCACAGAAGGACGGAAGACUACAAGUUGGAGACAGAUUAUUAAUGGUGAACAGCUACAGCCUGGAGGAAGUUUCCCAUGAAGAGGCUGUGGCCAUUUUGAAGAAUACACUGGACGUGGUGUACUUGAAGGUGGGGAAGCCCACCAGUGUCUACCUAUCAGAUCCCUAUGGGCCUCCUGAUAUCACACACUCUUUCUCUCCUGUCAUGGAAAAUCAUAUCUCUUCCCCCAUCAAUAGUGGCACUCUGGAGUACAAGUCUUGCCUGCCGCCUAUCUCCCCCAGGAGUUAUUCCCCCCUCCCUAAGCACUUACUUGGGGAAGAGGAUAUGAACAGGUUGGAAGUUUUUUCUCUCUUACGAAAUCCCUCGCUAGAUGAUGGGGAGGGUCACAGGUUUGAUUCCCAGCUCUUCCAGUUGAGGCCUGCAGAGCCAGUUUACAGCACUGUGAACAAAGCGCCUUCCCCCCGACACUAUUCCCCUGUGGAGUGCGACAAAAGCCUCCUUCACUCAGCCCCCCUCCCUAACUAUCACUUAAGCCUGUUCCCUGAGUCGGACGUCGCCAGGGAACCCAGGAAGGUUGUGCUUCACAAAGGCACCACGGGCCUGGGCUUCAACAUCGUGGGCGGCGAAGAUGGCGAGGGCAUCUUCGUCUCCUUCAUCCUGGCGGGAGGGCCCGCCGACCUGAGUGGAGAGCUGAGGCGAGGCGACCAGAUCUUAUCGGUUAAUGGCACCGACCUGCGAGGAGCCACACAUGAACAAGCAGCAGCAGCACUGAAAGGAGCAGGACAGGUGGUCACCAUCGUUGCUCAGUACAGACCAGAAGAAAUUACUCUAUGUUCACCGCGACGAGCCCCCUCUCCUGCACCAGAGUAUGGGCGUUUUGAGGCCAAAAUCCAUGACCUGCGGGAACAGAUGAUAAACCACAGCAUGAGCUCUGGGUCAGGAUCUCUGCGAACCAAUCAGAAGAGAUCGUUGUAUGUGAGGGCGUUGUUUGACUAUGAGAAGUCAAAGGACAGCGGACUGCCCAGCCAAGGCCUUAGCUUCAGGUAUGGGGACAUUCUCCACGUCAUCAAUGCCUCAGAUGAUGAAUGGUGGCAGGCACGCCGGGUUACCCUCCAUGGGGACAGUGAUGAAAUGGGCGUCAUCCCCAGCAAGAAACGGGUUGAAAGGAAAGAGCGUGCUCGUUUAAAGACCGUGAAAUUCAAUGCCAGGCCUGGGUCCUUUGAUUCAAAAGGGUCAUUCAAUGACAAACGUAAAAAGAGUUUCAUCUUUACACGAAAGUUCCCAUUCUACAAGAACAAAGAUGGUGAGCAGGAUGGCAGUGAUUCAGACCGGAGUCAAGAGGAAGUGAUUCUUUCAUAUGAGCCUGUGAUCCGGCAAGAAAUUAAUUAUGCCAGACCCGUAAUAAUCCUCGGGCCAAUGAAGGACAGAAUCAAUGAUGACCUGAUAUCAGAGUUCCCUGACAAGUUCGGAUCUUGUGUGCCACCUGCUAACAGUUCUGGGUACCAAGAUACCACUCGGCCGAAGAGGGACUACGAGGUGGACGGCAGAGACUACCACUUCGUCAUGUCCAGGGAGCAGAUGGAAAAGGACAUCCAAGAGCACAAGUUCAUUGAGGCAGGACAGUACAACGAUAACCUGUAUGGAACAAGCGUCCAGUCAGUCAAAUAUGUCGCAGAGAGGGGUAAACACUGCAUCCUGGAUGUGUCAGGAAACGCCAUCAAACGACUACAAGUAGCACAACUUUACCCAAUUGCCAUAUUGAUAAAACCGAAGUCUGUUGAUUCGUUAAUGGACCUGAAUAAGAGACUGACGGAGGAACAAGCCAGGAAGACGUUCGACAGGACGAUGAAGCUGGAGCAGGAGUUUGGUGAAUAUUUUACAGCGCUGGUCCAAGGAGACACCUUAGAGGACAUUUAUAACCACUGCAAACAGGUCAUAGAGGAACAUUCAGGACCCUAUAUCUGGAUCCCCUCGAAGGAGAAACUAUAAUAAUUCAUCACCCUGGAAAGGAGUCUGGACUGCUAGGAACUAGUAAUAAGCUGUAACAUAUAACUGUGUGGUGAUGAAUAGUCUUGAUAAAUACCUAUUGUGAAUAUCUUUUUUUUUUUUUUUUUUAUUAUUAUUAUUAUUAUUAUUUCGUUGCUUCAUUUUUUUCACUCAAUAUGAAUGUUCCUGAAUGUACACCACAUGAUGCUAGGGCAUUUCAAGUCUGGAAACAUGAACCCUUUGCGUAUUAUUUUUUAUUAUUAUUAUUUUUAUUAUUUAUUUAAACAAAAAACAAAAACAAAAAAAGGAACAGAAAAAUGUGUUGAAAACUAAAUAAAUGCGGGGCAUGUAUCCAUAUCGGUACCGUGUGGAGUCAGAAAAAGGGGUGAAAGGUGGCCCACGCGGUGCCAGAUGCAUUUGAUUUGCCUGCACAGGAAGUAAAGUAGGAACUCGACUGCAACACCCUCACCCACGCUUCACACUGCACCUAGCGAAUAAUCAAAUCGACUCCAAUGUUUCGUCCAGGUUUUUGUAUCUGUGCGUCCCCAACACUGCUUUGCUUUGUGUUUGUUUACUUUGUCAUUUCUCCCUGGAAUGAGAUUAUUUUUUUCUCUCUCUCUGAUACGACAAUGAACAUUUAUGAAAAAAAAAAAAAAUGUUUUAUUCACUGUAAGAUUUUGAAGUUGUUUUUUUAUUAUUAUUUAAAAGCGGAGAUUACUCAUUCAGCUGUUGUACUGACAAGUAAAGGGAGGGAGCGGCUAUAUAAGCAACAGAAAUGUAACACUAUAUUUUGCUACUUAAAUUGAUAAAGGGCACACAAGCACAGAAUUAUUUAUUAUUGAAAAUAUAACUUUGAUUAAAGGCAUUUGAGUGAUGUAGUGUGUUGUGACUGUGUUGAGAUGGAUGGGAACGCUGCGGAAAAAUGAUGUUUGAGGUUCACAUUUGGACUAGAGAGGGUGGUCGAGUAGUGACUACAUGUAUAACUGCAAUAUUUUAAAUCAUAUUUUAGGACUAAUAAUAGGGGCAGUGAAGAGUAAGGGUUUAUGUGGGUUUUAGGGUUUAUAAAAAAAAAAUGUAGAAAUAGUAAAACUGCAAUACUAAGACUUGAAAUCAAAUUAAAUUGGGAAAAAUUAUAGAUGGAAGAUAUUAACAUUUUUCUGGAACACAGCAGAGAGGUACUGGUUCAGAUGAUGAAGUAAAAUGUACCUAAUACAAAAGGUUCAACGACAUUGAUUUACAGCUUGGUGAGACCCAUUGCAGUUGAAAUCAGUACAUAUUUUUAUCAUUCAGCGACUCUUUGUUGAGAAAUACUGAAACAAGGAGGAAAUAUUCUAGAAACAGUAAAACGUUGGAAGAUUUUACCUUGAUUUCUUUUGAAUACAUCUGACACAUCACUUCCAUCUAUAGCUCAUUAUUAGCUCUGCUAUCUCAAAAUGUGUGAAACUGUCCUUAAAUUGUCUGGAAGAAUUAAUGAUCAGGCAUAACAUUAUGACCACUGACAGGAGAAAUAAAUAAACCUUGACCAUUCAAUGUUCUGCUGGGAAGCUUUUGGACAUGAUACCUAGACCAGAUGAGGGCCUCCGAUCCCAUAGCAAUGACACAGACGCACACUAAAAAAAAAUGUGAAAAAUAGCACCAGGUGUUGACCUGGCCUCCAAAUUCACUAGAUUCCAAACUGAUCAAGUAAGUAGUAUGUAGGAGGAUCCACAUCCACUACACAGUAUUAGGAAGGUGGUCAUAAUGUUGUGACUCGGUUCGUGACACAUGUUCGCGGUAGGCACUGUGGAGCUCGGCCUAGAACACCAACUUUCACAGUGGCCUAUUAGAGAGCCUUAGUGACUACAUCAACAGACAUUUUUUUAAUUUUAAGUUAACAUGGUAGGAUUUUAACCAACAUGAGCCAGAUUUUGUGAAAAACUUUAGAAACUCAAUCUGAAGACCAAACAGAAUAGCACGGACAAUCCAGAGUUAGCGCUAAGAAAGUUAGACCACCCGAAAAAUUCUCAUUUUUAUUAGCGGCAGGUGUAGAAAAGGAUGAGCCGGCAUGAUAAAAUAUAUCCUGUAUACGUAGCUGACGUAGACAUUUGCUUUGUAAAGAAUAAAUGAACUUACAUUCUGUUUCAUUUAGCUGCAGAGCCACUGUUAGAUUCCACAUGACGGCACUUUGUGAGGGACAUUUAUAUAUUCUGGUCUUCCUAAUAUUUGACGUAGCAUGUUUUAUCCAGUGUGAUAUCAAGUAAACAUAGUAGUAACAUUGAUUGCUCUGUAUUAUUCUGAUCAAUGGGAAUAAGUGCACUUAUUCAUUGUUUUGGUAUAAUGACAUUUGGCACUUUAUUAAUAAUAAUAAUAAUAAUAUAGCAAUGAGCAAAGCUUUUAAAGUAAAUCCAAUCCAGUGAUUACUGUUUAAGACGCACUUGAACACCAUUCCUAAAACUAGUCUGAAGUUAGAAGAGGCUAUUUUUAUGCUCAGCCACAACCUAAUAUUUGUCCCGCCCCUAAUUAUGAGCUGGUUACGAUUUGAAGUUGACUGAGAGGCAAAUAUUUUUUAGCACCAAUAUGUCUGGAUCAACUUUAAAUUUUAUUUUCUGUUUAUUUUUUUGCCACCAUGUUUGUUUCAGAUUAUUUUGCAGAUUUUCCAUAAUGGAUUGGACACCACUUGCCUUAAGAUCAUAUAAUUUACUUUUUAUCAGACAUGGAAGCAUAUUUGUCCUUUGAGAACGUUUUUAUUUAAUCUUCCUUCACAACGGCAAAAUCUAAAACUUAAGGAACGUGUUGUCGUACUUAGGGUGUUGAUGACGUGUAGUGGCAGAUUUAAAUAAAGCGGGAUAUUGUUUCUAUCUUAAAAUGUGAGGCAGCAACCAGAUCAUUCCAACAACACAAAUUCAUUGUGGACAAUACGUUUGGUUUUGUUUUGUUUUGUUUGUUGUUCUUGUUUUUAUUUGUUUGUUUGUUUGUGUGGAAAUGAAAAGGAUGUCUGAUGCAUGUCGCAACUGUGUCCUCUUUCCUGUGGAUGCGCAAACUUUCAGCGCAGAGACGGCACUGAGGUACCUGCUGUGUUUUGAGACGUGAUCAAUCUGCAGAUUAGAAUCCUUCAAUCUGUGUCUAUUUUAAACCCGAAUAAAAACAUGUUGUAAGAGA